CUCUGAGAUCAGCUAGAGAUUACUUUAAUACAGCCGAGCAAGAGGGAGCCAUGGGUUUUGUUCUUUUCUUUUCUUUACAAACAUGGAUACUGCUGAUCACAUUUAUCUGCAUAUUUGUUAUGUACGGCCACUGGACCUUUGGUAUAUUUGAGAAGAUGGGGAUCCCGGGUCCAAAGCCAGUCAUGUACUGGGGAACAAUAGCCAGGCACAACCGUGUUCACUACUUAGAUGACUACGAAUGUGCUCAAAAGUAUGGGAGGAUAUGGGGUGUGUAUGAGUUCAGGAAACCCAUGCUGGCUGUGAUGGAUCCUGACAUGCUGAAAACCAUCCUGGUGAAGGAGUGCUUCACCUACUUUACCAACCGCAGGAACUUUCGUCUGAACGGAGAUCUCUAUGACGCAGUGUCUCUGGCUGAGGAUGAUCAGUGGAGACGGAUUCGUAACAUCCUCUCUCCCUCCUUCACCUCUGGCCAUCUAAAAGAAAUGUUUAGCAUCAUGAAGCAUCAUUCGCACAAACUGACCGACAGCCUGCAGUCCAAGGCGCACAAUGAUGAGGUCAUUAUUGUGAAAGACUUCUUUGGAUCCUACAGCAUUGACGUGAUGGCAAGCUGUAUAUUCAGUGUGGAUUUUGACUCAAUCAAGAACCCUUCAAAUCCCUUCAUCACCCACGCAAACCAGAUGUUUAAAUUUUCCCUUCUUCUUUAUAUUUUUCAAGCAUGCUUUCCAAUUUUUCUUCCUCUCCUGGAGUGCCUGGGUGUCUCCUUGUUCCCCAAGUCUUCUACCGCUUUCUUAAAGUCAGUUGCGGAGAAGGUCAAAGCCGAACGCAUCAGCUCGUCCCAGGCUUCAGAUGAUAUGCUUCAGCAUUUGAUCAAGUGUCAGACAGCCAGUGAAAAUGACAAAGAAAAGAAGCAUAAGGGUCUUACUGAACACGAGAUAAUUUCCCAAGUGACCAUGUUUGUGUUUGCUGGCUACGAGACAAGUGCCAUCGCUCUUGUUUUUUUAGCGUACAGUUUGGCACGAAAUCCUGAAAUCAUGAAACGCCUUCAAAGUGAAAUAGACUCCACUUUCCCAAACAAGGGUCCAGUUGAGUACGAAGCUCUGAUGCAGAUGGAGUACCUGGACAGUGUGGUCAGUGAGUGUCUGAGGUUGUACCCCUCAAUUCCACGUCUGGAACGAGUGGCUAAGGAAACUAUAAAAAUCAGUGAAAUCACAAUCCCAAAAGGCAUGCUUGUUAUGGUUCCAGUCUACGCUCUGCACCGUGACCCCGAGCUGUGGCCAGAGCCAGAGGAGUUCAAACCUGACAGAUUUAGUAAGGAAAACAAGCAGAACAUCAACCCGUAUACUUACCUUCCAUUUGGGGCUGGGCCAAGGAGCUGCAUGGGGACGCGAUUUGCUCUGAUGAUGGUUAAACUGGCCAUUGUGGAAGUUUUGCAGAACUUCAGCUUCUCAGUCUGCAAAGAAACAGAGAUCCCCUUAGAGAUGGAUGUUGCAGGCUUUGUCUCUCCGGUUCGACCAAUCAAACUAAAGCUGAAGAUGCGUUCCAUCAGCUCAGCAAAUGUGGAUCCAUGUAACUAGAAAGCGCUCAGAGAUUUAAUAUGCAAGAAAAACUCUGGGUAUGAAAAUACCAAUUUAAUAUAUUUCAUUAAUGAUCAUCUACUCAUUUCUUGUCAGUUGGUUAGCAUUUAAAAAAGCAGUAAAUAAUCACUAAUCACUGACAUGUCACAUCAUUAAGAAGUAAUGACACAGAGUGCCUCACUAACAUACAGAAAAAGGUGGAAGAUUUACAUAAAUAUUUGGAAAGAGACAACUUUUUAAAAUAAUUUUGUUUCUGUACAUUACCAUAAUACAUUUUAAAUGAAACAACCGAGAUGCAGUUGAAGGGCAGACUUUCACCUUUAAUUCAGUGGGUUGAACAAAAAGAUUGUGUAAAAGUGUGAGGAACUAAAGUAUACUUUAACACAAUCCAAUCAUGUCAGGAGCUCAAAAGUAAUUGGACUAAUUAAAUAAGUGAAAAUACAAUGUUCAUUUCUAAUACUUGGUUGAAAACCCUUUGCUGGUAAUGACAGCCUGAAGUCUUGAACUCUGAUGCUGGGUUUCCUCUUUUUUAAUGCACCGCCAGGCCUUUACUGCAGUGGCUUUCGGCUGCUGUUUAUUUGGUAGACUUGGAUAUCUCCCUGGAGAGUGUUGUUCACUUGCUGGUUGUUUUCAAGGGGUUUCUCUAGGAAAUGAUUCUGCGAUUAUCCACCACUGUUGGCUUCCGUUGAUGUCCAGGUCUUUUGGUAUUGCUGAGUUCAUCAGUGCUUCCUUUGUUUCUCAGGAUGUACCAAAGUACAGAUUUUGCCAUUCCCAAUAUUGUAGGAUGUGUCAGCUUCACAGCUUAAGGAUGGCUUGUUUCACUUGCAUGGAGAGCUCCUUUGACCUCAUGUUGUCUCUUCACAGCAAAAUCUUCCAAAUGCAAGCAACACACCUCAAAUCAACUCCAGACCUUUUAUUUGUUUAAUUGAUAAUGACACCACGAAGGAAUUGCCCACACCUGCUCAUUAAAUAGCCUUUGAGUCAAAAUCACAGAUCUAUAAUGAAAGGGUCAUGGAUGAAGGCUUAAUUUAAAGGCUUUAAUUUUACACAUGUUAAAUUACUCUUUCGUUGGAAAAGUGAUACAUAAACAUAUUUGGGAGACAGCAUCUCUUCACUGUGAGAGCUCUAAAAAAGCCGAGAGAGUGGGAGGAAGAGAGUGGGUGUGGAUGCUGCUUAUCUUCCUGGAGGAGCAUUUUUCGUUUGUUUUAUUCUUAUUAACCCUGCUGUUCAUUAAUAAACUAUUCUUGCAACAGACA